AUGGUGAAACAUCUUCACGGUGUAAUUGACUACGAUAAACAUAGCGAAAUACUACAUGAUGAUCAUAAAAUAUUAAUUUAUCUCGAUGAUAUGACAUUGACGGAUAUAGCAUCACAAGAUGGUUCUCAUUUAAGAAAAUUUCAUACAAUUGCCAAAUCGAUAUUGGAAGAAAAAGCUCGUUCAUUUCCCAUUAAAUUUUCUAUUGAAUAUGAUGAAACAGAUGUUGAGUUCAGUUCAUACUAUGCAUUACGUGUUCGAAUUGUGGCCGAUGGUAAAACACGAUUUAUAACCGCUCAUAAUGUACCGGUAUUAACUCAUGGUCAUCCAACGGAUAAUGUUCGAAUACAAGUAGAAAAAAUUGAUACUAUGUAA